AUGAAUAUUACACCACAAGAAAGAGUUAAAUUUCAAUUGCUGGCUUAUGCAGAUGAUUUGGUGAUCAUAAAGAAAUCACAAGACGGUUUAAGAUCUUUGUCAUAUCAACUGGAAAAUGUAGUACUUAAAGUUGGACUGAAUAUUAAUGAGGACAAAAUGAAGUACAUGGUCGCAGGGAGACGAGACACCAUGAGAAUAUCUCCAACUCCUAAUGUCAAUAACCGAAAUUUCAAAAGAAAAAACAAUUCAAAUUUACUAGGUUCAAUACUUUUAGAGAGAAAUUAAAUCAAAAAAGAGAUAGAGGCAAGAAUUCAGCCAGGAAAUAAAUUCCUUUAUGGUCUUGCAAAAUUACCGGUAUCACAAUCACUUUCGAAAGAUUUGAAAAUAAAAUUGUACAUCACAUCAAUACGAACUAUAAUUACUAUGAAGCUGAGGUAAUAGCCAUUAAGAAAAAGUGAUGAUAGAAAACUCUUAAUUCUGAUAAGAAAAAUACUGUGAAAGAUUUUUGAUCUUGUAAAGGAUAAGCUAAGUGAUGAGUGGAGGAUAAACUAUGAAUUAAGAACACUCUUUCAUAAAACCAAUAUACUGAAAAUGGUAAGAAAGAAGAGAUUAAAAUGGGCGGAGCAUGCUUGGCGUAGCCAAAAUUCACUUUUACGCAUAGUGCUAGAAGAAAAUCUUACUGGCAAAAGAUCGCUAGGAAGAUCAUGUCUGAGAUGGAAAAACGUAGUAAGGAAUGUUGUAGAAGCGUUAGAAAGAAGUUAUACAUUAGCAUGGAGGACACAAGCAUCAGAUAUAGACAAUUGGAGGCAAGGCUGUCUUUCGGGAUAG